AGAAGAAGGAAUCCUACUCCAAUAAGGAGUUGGAAAUUCUCUUUGAGUUCUAUUCAAAUAAGGAGAUAGCAAUUUUGUUUAUUCCUUCCUAAGUUUCAAUCAUGUUAAGCAGUGAUGACAAAUCAACCACUAGAAGCCACCAUGUGGAUGAAUCCUUCAUGCUCAAAGCAAUGCAACAACAAUUUCAGAGGCUGGACAUCAUGUUCAGUGAGAUUAAAGACAAAAUGGAGAAGCAAGAUGUAGUGAUAGCCAAGUUAUACCAAAUACAGAAUGGAAGUCUGAAUUUGUGUAGGAAUGAUGCUAAUGACAAUUUUGGUGGCGAUUAUGAAGAUGCAUUCAACAAUGAUGCCCAGAACUCAAAUUUCAGUAUGGAUAGAAUUAUGAGAGGUCGAGGGGGCCAAAGAGAGCAAAAUCUGAUGAGGUGGGGAGAUCGGCAAGAUCGUGACUUAGGUAGCAUCAAGAUGAAGAUUCCUCCGUUUCAAGGCAAAAAUGACCCAGAUGUGUAUUUGGAGUGGGAAAAGAAGGUGGAAUUGGUGUUUGAUUGCCAUAACUAUUCUGAGGAGAAAAAGCGUCCUGUUGACACUUGGGAAGAGAUGAAAGCUGUGAUGAGAAAACGAUUUGUUCCUAGUCACUACUACCGUGAUCUCUAUCAGCAAUUGCAGAGCCUUACUCAAGGGUCCAAAAGCAUUGAGGAUUAUCAUAAAGAGAUGGAAAUCGCAAUGGUUAGAGCGAAUGUGGAAGAGGACAGAAAAGCAACUAUGGCACGGUUUCUGCAUGGCUUAAAUCGUGAUAUAGCUAAUGUGGUAGAGCUGCAGCAUUAUGUAGAAUUAGAAGAUAUGGUGCACAUGGCGACGAAAGUAGAAUGGCAACUCAAGCGUAAAGGAGCCACCAGCAGAGCUAGACAAAAUUCAGGUUCCUCAUCUUCUUGGAAAUUGAAUUGGAGCAAAAAGGAAGAAAAUUCUGUUUUUAAGCCUAAAACUGCAGCAUCUAAGUCAAAAGAAGUUGGCAGCAAUGAGAAGAGUAAAACAGAUAAUACGCAAGGCAGAAACCGAGACAUCAAGUGUUUUCGAUGCUUGGGAAGGGGGCAUGUUGCAUCACAAUGUCCUAAUAAGCACACGAUGAUCUUGAGAGAAGAUGGAGAAAUAGAAACAGAGGGUGAAUCUGAUGAUGGCUCUAUGCCACCAUUGGAAGAUGCUGAUGAUGGCAUGGAAUAUGCUGUUGAUGGAGAACUACUUGUCACCAGGCGUGCUUUGAAUGUGCAAGCCAAAGAAGAUGAUGAAGUACAACACGACAACAUAUUUCACACGAGGUGCCAUAUCAAAAAUAAGGUAUGUAGUGUGAUUAUUGAUGGUGGCAGUUGUACUAAUGUAGCUAGCACUGUUUUGGUUGAAAAGCUUAAUUUACCUAUGAAGAAGCAUCCAAGGCCAAAUAUGUUAGAGGACAAAUAUGUUAGAGUAUUUUGUAUUAUGUAUUAGAAAAUAUGUUUAUGAAACUAUAUUGUACCAAAAUAUGUUUUUUCACCUUAAGGUAAUUUUCUAAUUUUAUAGUUUAAACUACACUUUCUGUUUAUUCCAAUUUAAAAAAUUCAGUUCUCAUAU